CUGGUGGACCAGGCGACGCAUCGUAUUGGCUGAUCGCAGGUUAAGGUUAGUGAAGGCCACGCCCACCGGCCAAGAGGGUGAAGUGUAACAACCUUCUCAGCUGCUUUUCCGCGGUUCAGAUCAUCUUUCUGAUUGUCAUCGAUUACAGCAGUGAAGGGUCCAGAAUGGCACCGAAGAUCAAGGCCGGGUCUGUCGUGGAGCUGCAAGGAGAUGAGAUGACCAGAGUGAUCUGGGAGCUGAUUAAAGAGAAGCUCAUCUUUCCUUACCUGGAGUUAGACCUGCACAGCUAUGACCUAGGCAUUGAGAACCGUGAUGCUACUGAAGACCGGGUGACUGAGGAGGCUGCUGAGGCGGUGCGUCGCUACAACGUGGGCAUCAAGUGUGCCACCAUUACACCCGAUGAGAAUCGCGUGGAGGAGUUCAAGCUCAAGCAGAUGUGGCGUUCCCCCAAUGGAACUAUCCGGAACAUCUUGGGUGGCACCGUGUUCCGCGAAGCUAUAAUAUGCAAGAACAUCCCUCGUCUGGUACCUGGCUGGACCAAACCCAUUAUCAUUGGUAGACAUGCCCACGGUGACCAGUACAAAGCUACAGACUUUGUCGUUCCUGGACCUGGAAGACUAGAAAUGACUUAUACGCCCAAGGAUGGAGGAAAACCUCUCAAAUUUGUCGUCCAUGAAUUUGAAGGCACUGGCGGCGUGGCUCUGGGCAUGUACAAUACAGACAAGUCCAUCCGUGACUUCGCUCACAGCUCCUUCCAGAUGGCUCUGUCUAAAGGUUGGACUCUCUACCUCAGCACCAAGAACACGAUCCUCAAGAAAUACGACGGUCGCUUUAAAGACAUCUUUCAGGAGAUCUAUGAGAAGGAAUACAAGGCUCAGUUCGAGGCUAAGGGCAUCUGGUAUGAGCACAGACUGAUUGAUGACAUGGUGGCCCAGGCCAUGAAGUCUGACGGAGGAUUUAUCUGGGCAUGCAAGAACUACGACGGAGAUGUACAAUCCGACGCUGUUGCUCAAGGUUACGGCUCUUUGGGCAUGAUGACAAGUGUGCUGGUGUGUCCUGAUGGACGCACGGUGGAGGCCGAAGCUGCUCACGGCACGGUUACGCGUCAUUAUCGCCAACACCAGCAGGGCAAGGAGACGUCCACCAACCCCAUAGCCUCUAUCUUUGCCUGGACGCGAGGGCUCCUGCACCGGGCCACUCUAGAUAAGAACACAGAGCUGCAGGUCUUUGCCCAGGCUCUGGAAGCCGUCUGUGUUGAGACCAUCGAGGCCGGUUUCAUGACCAAAGAUCUGGCCAUCUGCAUCAAAGGAAUGGCCAAUGUGCAGCGAGCAGACUACCUGAACACCUUCGAGUUCCUGGACAAGCUGGCGGAGAAUCUGAAGGUCAAGCUGUCAAACCAACCUAAACUGUGAAGCGAACCGUCCUUUAUGCUCCAUACACACACGCUGCACACACUCACAGGACCAGAGGACUGACACGCUCGGAUCUCAACACAGCACCCAGUACCAAUGCACAGGCAUGGUCUACAGUACCUCCUCUCCUGGUUUGCAUAGACACACAGGACCAUACCACUGCUACAAAAUGGGGACUUUUUUUUUCUUUUUCAGAUAGAAGAAAUAUAGUGGCAUUUUAAAGGAUUAGACAUGGCAUACACACACAUUUUCACAGUUUUAGCCCCAAUGAAGAAUCCUGUACUAAUAAUUUUUAACGUGUGAAUCCGUCCGAAUUCAAGUGUCAGGUUUGUGCGCGUUGUUUUAAUGUUGUCAGGUUUAUUUAGCACUUAACAAAUUGACAUUUUUAGGAAAGUAUGUAGGGCAUGUUCCUGCAAGGCCGUGUCAGGGUUUUUCCGAACACUCGUUGCCUUAUAAGCCUGCGUUUGUGUGUCUGUGUGUGUGGUGUUUGUUCGUAGUUUAUGUCGUCAUCCUAAAAAAAAAACAAAAGUGAAACAGAUUGUGAGAAAAUGCUUUUCCAUUGUGUUUUAUAGCUGUUUUCAGAAACAUGUUAUUAGUCUUUGGCUAAUAAUAAAAAAAAAAAAACGAACCACAAA